AUGAAGAUCCAGAAGGAUGCAAUUAACGUGCUCGCACGAGCAUCAUCGUACCUUCAGUCGGGGGUUUUAACAGAAAAACCACUUUGGUUCGACAUUGUAGCGAAAUACCCACCAACACACAACCUUAUCAAAAGAGCAUAUGUCCAACAAGAGCCUCAGGAAAAUGACGAUCCGAGAAGCAAGCUUCUCAGCUUGCAAAAACCGAUACGUGAACUAAGCCAUGAUCAGGUAUUCAAGACGCGCAGCACCAAGAACGAACGUGCCAAUCGAAACCGCGAGAUCCAUCGUAUCCCCAAAUUGCAAUUCUUGGAAGAUGAAAUUAGAAACUAUUUCCACCAGCAACAUCCCUGGGAGUUUGCACGUCCCAAGAACUUGAUUGAAAACUCGGGCGAUGAAAUCGGCCGCAAGUGCAAUUGGUCGCACAUGUUGCAGCUCCACAAGCCGCUCGAUGGGGAGUCGGUGGUGCAACGCACCAUCUACAUCUUGACCAAUGACCCCGAUGUCAAUGACGUAUUCCAGGCGUACGACAAGGCCCGUUUCGAGUUUUACAAGUUGCGCAUGCGUGAAGAGAUGGAGAGCCACAUUAGCAAAGAGGAAAGCAUGAUGCAUGGCUGUGUGUUUGAGUCGACCAACAUGAGCUGGAAUUUGGCUAAUGAGCAGAACUAUAUUAAUGACUGGGUCGAGUUGGCUUCGGAGGAGACCAAGAUUAUGGACGCUAGUGCCAGUAGACUGAGUGCUCCUGCGGGAUCCUUAGUUGGCGGAGAAGAAGGAACCAGCUCGAGUUUGUUUGAGGAUUUGUUGCUGCUGCUGCCGACCCAAAAAGAUGGCAAGGCUGGUGCAAGUCCAGAUGAUCAAAAACAAGAGUAA